AUGUUACGACUUGAGAAAAAUAUCGAGUUGGAUAACUAUCGGAACAUUCAUAUUGUGGCCAUCAUUCUAUCAGUUCUUUGGUUGGUAGCCAUGAUGUCUUGGAUUGUUUUCAACUUCACUCAUAACAAGAUUUUCUAUGGAGGAGAAGAAACUGAACUGAUUUUAUGUGCACUGCGUAUCGUUUCCAAUGUAUACAUUUGGUUCAUUUCUACUAUCUGUCUCGCCUGUUAUUCUCUGAUUUUCUCUGCACUCAAUAGAGAAAUAACUUAUUUUAAUGUCGAACUACAGAAAAGCAAAGAAGAAAAGUUCCUCCAAAACAUAGAAGUUCUGGAAAAGUUUGAUCAUCGUCAGAAUGAGAUUCUGAAUCUCAUUUCGUUUGUAAAUGAAUCUGUUUCAUUUUUCGGUGGACUAGUUCCUCUAUUCCUUUUUUAUGGUCUUGUGAACGGAGUUUACCUAACAGCAACAUUUGUCAAUACCACGAAGAUUUUGAUCGAUGACGAUGAGUUCGGAUGCUCAAAAGAUCCAUGUAUAUACCAAACUUACCGAAUCAUGGUUGACAGAUUUCAGAAAAUUGAUACCAAGAUUUAUGUGAUUUCUGCGUUUCCGAUAACGAAGAGAGUGGUAGCUGCUGCAUUGUUCAUUCUCCCGAAUAUGGGAUUCAUAUUAGUUCUAAUCCACAAAGUUCUCAUCGCCAACGGUGGUCAUGUUUAA